ACGUCAGACACAGCAUCCUGAGACAACUCACUCAGAAACAAAUCAUAAUGUCUUAUCCAAUCAGUUCUCAGCCUCAAGGAGUCCAGGGGGUGUACACUAGCAGCUCCAGCCAAUGGAAUUCUGAAGUCAUGGACUGCUGUGAAGAUAUGGGCAUCUGUCUCUGUGGAGCAUUUGUCCCCUGUAUCUUGGCAUGUAAAGUGGCGACUGACUAUGGGGAGUGUUGCUGUUUACCAUUUGUAGGAGGAGCUAUCCUUGCCAUGCGAACAGGAAUCAGAGAACGCUACCAUAUCCCGGGCACUAUUUGUAACGAUUGUGUGUGCCUCACAUUCUGUGGCCCCUGCACGCUCUGCCAGAUGGCCCGUGAGCUGAAAGUGCGGAACUGAAAAGGAAUGAACACAUUUGGGAUAUGCGUUUAAUUGGGGGUCAGAAAAUAAUUUGUAUAGGUCUUUAUAAAUAUGUAUUGUACAUUUUCUAUAUUGAUUGCAAUCUGUUGUACAGAGUAUGCUCCAUCUUUAUUAUAAAGGAAGCUAAUAUUCAAGGAUAACAUAACGACGCUCUGUUACACUUGUUACUGAGUGUCAUUGUCUUUGGGUAGCUUGUCCUUUUAGGCUAUUUCUGAUGAUGUCAUUAGUGCAUUUCAAAUAAUUUUGUCAUGGCUACUAUGACAUACAUAAUGAAGCAUCAUAUCCUGUAAUAUGACAUUACUUUUACAUUUUUAUUAGAAAUGUGCGAUUCAUUUCGGAUCGAUUCGGAAAUUUGGCCGAAUUCGUAAAAUUCGGGAUUCUGACCGAUUUGAAUUUCCGAAUUAAAAUAGUGCCGAAUCUACCGAAUAAAUCCGAAUAAGUUCGGAUUUGUUCAGAUUUAUUUGGUAAAUUCGGAUGGCCAUGGAUUACACUAGUAUUGUACAGUAUAUUAGGUUAUAUCACUCUGCUAAGGGUUACACCUAAUAUACAGUGCAUAAUACUAGUCUAAUCCCACCUAACACUUACCGAAAUUCCGAAUUUCCGAACCGAACCAAAUCGAACCGAAUCCAGCCGAAUUUAUUCGAAUCCGAAUUAAUCCGAAACGAAUCCGAACCGAAUUGAUUCAAAUUUUUCCGAAUUCGAAUCAAUCCGAACCGAAAUUCGAAAAAAUCUGAAUCGAUCCGAACCGAAACAAAUUUUUAUGCCAUGCACAUGUCUAAUUUUUAUGCCAUAGCAUUUCUCUGUAAUAUUGUAUUCCAUAGUAUUUUACAUUUGCUUGUGUUUAAAUAUUAUAUUUUAUUCUAAAAUAAAAAAAAUCUAAAUAAAA